AUGCCCUAUUGUUCCAAGGAGUGGUAAGUUGCUACAACAAGCAUGAACUUGAGUCAGAGGCUCUUUCAAUGGCAUGCUGUUACGAGACACUGUUCUGAUCCUUUGUCCCAGUCAGGUCGCCGAUUGGAAGAAACACAAGAAGAUCUGGUGUGAUAUGGCAAAUUAAGCUGUAUAUGCGACACUACUGACGAGGUUUGGUUGGCAAGUUAUGUAUACAUGCGCGACGGGGCGCUCGGUUCCACCGCUAUGAACGCGGGCGGGGGCAGCUCGAAGGGCAAAAAAGGCCGAGGUGCUCGUACCAGGGCUGAUGUGAUGAAAGACAUGUCUACCUGGGCUCAGGAGCACAACGGAGAUACGCUCACUAUAGCCUGCUGGCAAGCCAUGGAUCUGGUGAAGGACAUCCGCAAGGCCGACACGCACUUCCUGGGUGUCACUCUCCGGAAGAACGAGGACUGGACGAACGUCCGCGCCAUGUACAAGCUCGUGGAUGCGCAAGUCCUUCCCCUCACACUUGUCGCCCAGAAGUACGCGACCGUCGCGGACGCCUACGACGAGCACCCCGUGGAUGUCAUUGAUCAAGUUCUAGGAGCGGACAAGCGAAGGCGCCUCGCUGACGGUGGUCUCGGGUCCGUGCUCGUGAUGGCAUUCGAGCUAUCGCCGGAUGAGAACAUGACUGUCGAGGAAGCGGUACUUAAGAAAAACACACCGACCUUGCAACCGCUAGGACUGUUUCAAGUGCACAAGGACUCAUUCAGCCGCCGCCCGCAGAUGUUCGCCAGCUUCUGGAAGCAGAGCUUGAAGAACGCGUUGGACGGCGGUGCCUGGGACCCCGUGUUCAGGCCCUGGCCUGCGGCCCAGUCCUGAAGGCGCCUUGAGGCCUGAACUACAUUUCUUAAAGAACGAUGAUGCUGGCAGCGACGAAGUCUACAAAGAGAAUGCAACAUAUUGUGUAUCAUGCCUUCGAUUCGUGUCAUAAACUGUACUAACAAUUUCCCUCUGUACCAUACCCAUCGUGACGCAUCCAACCUUUUCGCUCUACCACAUUCCCUUCUGCCCCAUGUAUGUCAUCGUAUAACAACGUGUGUCCCGACAGUGCCGAGGCGCCAUUGUGCAUAUCUGCUGCAAUAUGUACUCGCUGCGGCCUGCUUCAAGUUGAUCGAGUUACUGGCAGGGAUGGGCGCCAAAGUGUCUCCUUGCGCCACCCACGCGAAUUGAUAGCCACAGACGCGUCGCGCGCGCGGUGCAUCUCUU